AUGCCGACUGUCACGGAGCCCUCCAACACCAUCAAGCUGCUGCAUCUGGUUUUCCUCGCCACCUCCUGGGGAAUGCAGGUCUGGGUGACCUUUGUGGCCGGGUUCGUGAUGGGCAGCUGCCUUCCCCACCACACCUAUGGCUUCAUCCAGGGCCAGCUCUUCCCCUACUACUGCCACAUCAGCUCCACUUGUGCCUUCCUCAACCUCACCCUGUUUGCCAUGCACCACCCCAGCGAGCCGCUCAGCGACGAACAGACGACCCAGAUCAUCAUCUUCUUCAUUUGUGUCAUUGCUUCGGUGCUGAACGCGCAGUGGUUCGGGCAGGCUGCCUGCGACAUCGUGACAGAGAUGCAGCUCGUUGAGCGCAGCCACGGCCUUGGCCAGGAGGUUGGGACGGUCACCAGCAGGUCCUGCAAGCAGCUGCAGGCCUCCAACCCCAGCUAUGGGCAGCUGUGCCAGCAGCUCAGCCUCUACCGCACGUUGUCCUCCCUCUGCAACCUCUGCUGCAUCGCCUGCAACGGCUGCAGCCUGUACUACCUGGCUGCCCACCUCUCUGCCCUGUGA